AUGGCGCCGCGAUCCUACUCCAAGACCUACAAGGUCCCUCGUCGACCAUUCGAGUCAGCCCGUCUUGAUUCGGAAUUGAAGAUUGUCGGCGAAUAUGGCCUGCGCAACAAGCGUGAAGUCUGGCGUGUCCAGCUUACUCUGUCCAAGAUUCGACGUGCCGCUCGUCAACUUUUGACCCUGGACGAGAAAGACCCCAAGCGCCUGUUCGAAGGUAACGCCCUCAUUCGCCGUCUGGUGCGUGUCGGUGUGCUCGACGAGUCGCGCAUGAAGCUCGAUUACGUGCUUGCCCUGAAGGUCGAGGACUUCUUGGAGCGCCGCCUGCAGACCUGCGUGUACAAGCUCGGCUUGGCCAAGUCCAUCCACCACGCCCGUGUCCUCAUCAAGCAACGCCACAUCCGUGUUGGCAAGCAGAUUGUCAACGUCCCCAGCUUCGUCGUCCGUCUCGACAGCCAGAAGCAUAUUGACUUCGCCUUGACCAGCCCCUUCGGUGGUGGCCGACCUGGUCGUGUCCGGAGAAAGAAGGCCAGAGCUGCCGAGAAGAAGGAUGAGGAAGGUGAAGAGGGUGAGGAGGACGAGGAAUAG